CUGUAUGAGGUGAAACCUAAGUCUCAGCAAAGGUCUGUAGAUGUAAAACCUACAUGUACUCCUGGCUUGCUCUUAUGAUUUGCGGCCACUCUCACUGCUACUCAAGUCCCUCAAUGUACCCUUCUUUUUGGGUGACACUUCCCCCCCCCCCACCUCCCUCCCCCUUCCCUGCUUUUUUCGUGUAUAGUGUAAAUAGGAAAUGCACGAUAGAUGCAGCAAUCACAGAGUCGUGUAUAAUGACAUUGUCGUUGCCGGAUUGACAUGUAGCAGUAUCCAUUUUCUUGUAGAUGUGAUGGACCACUCGACGAGCAGCAGUUCAUCACCCACACUUGAGGCAUUGAUAUACAACUCUCGUAGUGCAGAGCUCCGUAGUGACUGGGGGCUUCAAUGACAAAGGGAUGACCCUAUGUAGUCAGUGAUGUAGUUGUUGUUUCUCCUCCGCUUUCUGUAGGUUCAUGAUCUUCCAGGGGAGCUAAGCCCGAAGCUUCUAGCAUGAGGGUGAACCACACGGUGGAUCACAAUGGGUUUAGUGUAAGUUGACUGUGAUGCUGAUCUCCUCUCCAUUUCCAUCGCAAGCCAAUGUACGUAUGUGGCUGUGCAGUUUCACGUUUGACUUAAGAUCCCGUCUGUUGUGUUCGUUGGGUGGUCCCAUGCUCAAGCUGUGUGCUCUUUUGCGCUUGCGGCAAACAAACACUCAUCGUAUAUGCUUGUCGCUUAAAUCUUGUCUGUGUACAUACACAUCCACCAUGUUAGGAUGACACCUUUGCGUGGUUGUGUCCUGUAGCUCGCCCGAGAUGUGUCUUGCGAGCAACCUGUCGAUUUUUGAAGUGCGUAGGUUCUUUCUUUACGGUACCUCGAUAUUUGUGUCUUUUGCCGGUGAGGGAGGCACGGUCGGGCUGAUUCCGGACGCCUUGCUUGGUAAGGCGUCAAACCAGGUUCUGACUAGCAGACCUGGAUCCGUCACUCGGGCAGAUGGGCCAAUCCCAAUCUGAUGGAGGGAACAAAAAAAUCGUGUGUGACCAGCCAGUGCGAAUUCCACUGUCUUGUUUAAAUGGACAAUCCUUCCUGCCUGCUGCCUGCUGCCUGCUGCUAUGCUAUGUUACAUUUCUAUUCCGCUAUUGCUGGGCCGAUUCAGGGCUGAUCUCAAAGUGAUAGGGCCUGUGUGUGGAGAGAAAGACGGCACCGUUCCAUUGACUUAUGUUGUCGGGGCAAGGCCGGGGCAAAUCCCAGAGAAAAUGCUUUUGGGCUGUUGACAUGCAUGUACUCUCGUCGUCUGGGAGGCAGAAGCGGCCAUUCGAGGAGUUGCACCUGUGCGGUGGUCGCUACGAGGCAUCAGUGUUCGUUCGUCGACAUGGGAGGAAUCUCGCCUGCGGCAUGCCAAGGCAUCAAUCAGUUUGCGUUCGUUCACAUUGGGAACUCGCAAAGCAUCGCGCAACGGAUCCCAUGGAUGUGAUCUACCUCGCCAGGAAAGCAUUUCCAUCAUCGGGAAAUGAGCCGCGAGUUAUUCUGCUCAGUUUUUCUCCAAGCCUCCCUCAAGGGCACUGUGCUGGAACCAUUAGUUAGAUGAUUGUAUUCGCAAGUGCACUUAUGUGUUUUCUGCACAGGAGGAAUGUGGGUGGCAACUGUCAGAUAGGUCCAUGUGUUGGAGCAUGGCCCAGUAAAUAUGGAUCUGUCGUGUUCCAGCUGGUUGAGAGGAACCAACCAAGCAUAUGAUUUUUUGUGCAAGGAAAUGUGUGUGUAGUUGCUUUCGGCAGCUACAUCAACAACAGCAUGGACGACGGCGACCCCGGAAUAUGGGAGCAGUGCUUUAUGUUUGUUUUUUGGCUGUGGAGAAUGCAAAGGAUUUCGUGCUCUGUCGCGGUCGGGAAUGUGUCGCGGUACAAGCGUGUAUGCCUUCAUUGGUUGUCUCAUCGGUUUCCUUGACAAUGGCUCUCAGAACGGUGGGGUGAGAUUUUGCGCCCCCGCCUAGACCCAAGGUUAUGUGGACAGCAGAGUGGUUUACGAGGGUGGCGGCCGGUGGGUGUCGGGAUAUGUUUUCCGUCCGAAAAUGAAAUUGCACCUAUGCGAUACGCAUUCCAGACCAGACCAUGUUGCAGCAGUAGUGCUGGGGUGAUGGGUGGGUGCUUUUGUAGAUGUUGGUUGAUCUUUCGUCAUAUGGUUUUGCUCUCCGAGGUUGGGGAGGAAGGAAAUGUUUUUCGUCAUACGGUUCUGGUAUAUCUGGAUGUGCUUCUUGUGUGGAUGUGGCACCCUGGUAAGAAGGACUGUGAUGUCUGUGAAAACAUUUUACGCCGUCCGAUAGACUGUUCCAAAAUGUGACUGUCGAAGGAGGAUCAUGAAUUGUGUGCCGACGUUCUGUCUGUUGCGCCAGAAGCAGCAGCAGUAGCAGGGGGAGGGGAAACAAGAUCUCAGGACUGGUCGGGGUCGCACAAAAACUGCUGUGAGGACAGCAGCACAGAGCUAGCAUAGCAUGUGGGACUAGCAAGAUGAAGCGGGCGUAUUGGUGGAAGUGGGCGCACGGUGGUUGAGUUGUCGCAACGAAUGCUACAAUGUGUUUUAGCUGGUAGUUGAAAACGUACUGUGCUACAACGCUUUUAGCUGGCCGUUGGACUUUUACUGAUAAUUUAGCAACAUGGAGAUGGCCGUGCCACACGACACCCUCAGUCUUCGAACUAACUGAGUCUCCUGGACAUCGCGUAUGAAAGAAAGAAAAACAAAAAGCCAAAAAAAAAAAAGACAGUCUGACAGACAGAUUUCCGGACUAAUUUUCCUGGACAUCAUGUAUGAAAAAAGAAAAACAAAAAACGAAAAAAAAAAGGACACACAGAUAGACAGCGGUAAUGUUAUCCCUAUUGCCUGCAUGAUGUGUUUGGUUGGCUAUUGAUAACCUACUGUGCUACAAUGCUUUUAACUGGUGGUUGAACUUGUAAUCUUUUACUGAUAAUUUUCAGCCUCCUGACGAGUCGGUGAAAUUCCAACGAA